CUACUGCCAGUACCGUCCAUCGCCCACUUCCGCAUAUUAAUCGGUUCCCCCGCCCCUUGCUGGCAGUACGGCCACGGCAACAGUAAGAAAAUGGCAAUGGGCAAAGGGUUUCGCGUUUUUCAUAAAAUACCACCGGACAGAGACACCCCAUACAGUGUCAUAAUGGAAUCCAAACAACUGGAAGAAACCCUCAUGUUCGAAUCCGGUGCGGUGGUCGUAUUGUCAUCCUUGGAGAUGGAACCUCUGAAAAAACAGUACUCAAAGAUACUUGAUGCCUAUGGAUGUCUGGGUGUCUUGGCUUUGAGCAGUGUAGGUGGCGCCCCAGUCCUCUACCUGAUAAUGGUCACUGGUUGUUUGUCAGCUGGCAAAAUAGGUGAGUCAGAAGUAUUCAAAGUAACAGCUGUGCAGUUUUUGUCCCUGCGAAAUGACCCAUCUGAUGAGGACCGUAUCACAGAUGUCCGGAAGCUUCUGAGCUCUGGAACCUUCUACUUCUCUUGGUGUGCUUCUGGAAGUCCCUGGGAUCUCAGCCUUUGUGCACAGCGAAAAACACAGGAUCAUGACACAGACAAUCGAUUUUUCUGGAACCGUAUGCUGCAUGUUCAUCUCCAGCGCUAUGGGAUUGAUUGUGACAGCUGGCUGCUAAGAGUUAUGUGUGGUGGUGUGGAGAUUCGUACCAUCUAUGCAGCUCAUCGACAGGCCAAAGCGUGCCUUAUCUCUCGCUUGUCCUGUGAACGUGCUGGUACUCGUUUCAAUGUCCGUGGAGCAAAUGAUGAUGGCCAUGUUGCAAAUUUUGUUGAGACUGAGCAGGUAAUAUUUUUGGAAGAGCAGGUAGGAUCUUUCAUCCAGAUCCGAGGUUCAAUUCCUUUGUUUUGGGAACAACCAGGAAUCAAUGUGGGUUCUCACAAAGUGCACAUGUCACGAGGGUAUGAGGCUGCAGCACCAGCGCUGGACCGACAUCUUCGAAUGGUAAAGCAGCAAUAUGGCAACCAGGUUAUUGUCAACCUCCUGGGUUCUAAAGAAGGGGAGAAGAUGCUGAGUCAAGCAUUUGAGAAUCACCAUAAGGCAUCGGUACACCAGCAGGAUGUCCCUUUCAUACACUUUGAUUAUCAUGCUGAGAUUAAGGGCAGUAAUCUGCGAAACCUGGAGCGUCUGAAGGCUAAGCUUGUUCAGAAGUUGCAGGAGUUUGACUUUUUUUUCUCAUCCAACAUCAGCAAAAAUCAAGCAGAGAGGCAACAGACUGGCACAAUUCGAACAAACUGCCUCGACUGUCUGGACCGCACCAAUGCUGUGCAAACCAUGAUUGGGCUUGAGAUGUUGCCUAAGCAACUUGAGUGUCUGGGGUUGGCCAACAAGCCACAAAUGGUGUCGCGCUUUGAGGAGGUGUACCGACAGAUCUGGACUCACAAUGGCGAUCAUAUCAGCCGCAUUUACACAGGAACAGGUCUCGGUGGCGGCAGGUCAAAGUAUACUGAUGCCACCCGCUCUGCAUCACGGGCAAUACAAAACAAUUUUCUGGACAGUAGUAAGCAAGAAGCCAUUGAUGUACUACUUACCGGGAACUCUCUGUAUGGUGAUCUGGCUGACAAGGCUAGAGCGCUUCUGUCCUCCCGCUUCCUUCAUGUCUCACCUAGAAUCCUCCAGACUAUGGUUGACCAAUCAGCAAGGUUUACACAGCCUCAGGCACUUCGUGUAUGUGUGGCCACGUACAAUGUCAAUGGUGGCAAGCAUUUCCGCAGCAUUGCCUACAAGAAUGUCUCCCUGGCUGACUGGCUCCUGGAUGCCCACAAAACACACCCAGAAUCCAUGGUAGAGGGCUACGAUUAUAGUAAGCCUGUGGACAUAUUUGCUGUAGGCUUUGAAGAGAUUGUUGACCUCAAUGCCAGCAAUAUAAUGAAAGCCAGCACAACUAAUGCCCAUGAGUGGCAGAAGGAGGUACUUCGCACCAUUUCACAAGAACACAAGUAUGUUGUUCUCACACAUAUCCAGUUGGUUGGGGUUGUCCUUUUUAUCUUCAUACGCCCACACCUUGCCCCAAUCAUCAGAGAUGUAGCUGUGGAUAAAGUGAAAACUGGACUUGGCGGAGCAACAGGCAACAAGGGAGGAGUGGGAAUUCGUUUUCUGGCUCACUCAACAUCCUUCUGCUUUGUAUGUGCACAUCUGGCUGCUGGUCAAUCACAAGUGGCUGAUCGGAAUGCAGACUACCUAGAGAUUUUACGCAAGAUGUCGUUUCCCAUGGUUGUCAAGUCAAAGGGUCGCACUAUCAUGUCUCAUGAUUACGUCUUCUGGUGUGGAGACUUCAACUACCGCAUUGACUUGCAUAGUGACGAUGUGAAGAACUUGAUAGAGAAUGAGAACUGGACAGCUUUGCAGGACAGUGACCAGCUAAACGUUCAACGGGGGCUUGGCAAUGUAUUCCAGGGGUUGUUUGAAGGGAAAACCAAUUUUCCUCCUACAUACAAGUAUGAUAUGUUCAGUGACGACUGGGACACAAGUGAAAAGUGUCGCACUCCAGCCUGGACUGACCGCAUACUGUGGCGCCCUCCAUCUGCACCAGGCCGUGAGCUCAGUGCAAAGCAGCUUCUGUAUACUCGAGCAGAACUGCGCAUGUCAGACCAUAGACCAGUGGUGGGACUCUUUGAAGUGGACACUCUGCAGGUGGUGGAGGAGGAUAAAGAUCGUGUGCUCCGGGAAGUUAUAGGUCAGCAAGGACCUCCUGAUGGCACUGUCAUUGUCUCUAUGGCCUCAGGGGGAGAGUUCACAGAUGAGGCUGUGUCAGAAAUUAUGGAAAAAUUCACUGAGUUUGGGGAAGUUAUCAUCGUCAGGUUUGUAGGUGCAGACAUGUGGGUGCUAUACAAAAAUGGACAAGACGCUAUGGAAGCUUUGCAGAUGAAUCAGAAAGAAGUGUGUGGAGAAGUCAUCAAGGUUUGCUUGAAAACAGAAGCUUGGGAGAAGGCGAUAGAUCGUGAGGUGAAGCUGUGUGCAGCCAACACUGGCGCUUUAUACAAUGCUUUCACCAACAGCCUUCUAGGGGAUGACUUUUCUAUUCCAUCCAUGGAAUUUGACAUGGAUGAUGAAGGUGGUGAUGAAGAUUACGAGGCAGAUCAGUCAGCAGAAACACAGCAUAUGCCACUACAGCCAGAACCUGUACAGCCACUGAUCUCUACUGGCCUUACAGAUUCUCCGGCAGAGGAGAGAAGUGACUGGGAACCACCCAGUAGACAGCCAGCACGCCCCCAGCAACCUCAGAGGCCAGACAAAGCACCAGAACGACCACCAUCUGCUGCCAAAAUAAUUGCAGAUUCUUCACAUUUGUUAAUGGCAGAAAAAAAUGUGCCAUUGCGUGCUUCUCCAUCACCUGAGCUGCAGAGAAAGCAGCCUCCCCAGAGACCUAUGGCUCCUCCUGCAAAACCACCUCCACCUCAGAGGCCAUCUGGCGGUCCCCCAAAACCUUCCCCUCCAGUGUCCAGAUCUACACCAGGUUCCCCUGGCAGGUCAGAAACACCAAAAAUGCGGCAGCCACUGAGGCCACCUCCAUCAACUAACACUAAAGUAAAAAAAUCUCCCAACAGAAUCACCUCAAUUGGAUGUCCUACAAAUGUUAAACACACUGGACAUGCCUCAACCCCUGAGGAAGCCCAGAAGCUGAUGGAGCUGCUGUUGCAUGGUGAUGGUGUUGGAGGGACCAGUCCACUCCCUGCUCCCCUCAAACCCUCAGUCUCAGCUUCUGACCUCCUGGCAGACAAUGGUAUGGAGAGGUUAUGUGCUGCACCAAAACCUAUUCCUCGCAGUCGCACAUCUUUUGACAUGGAUGGAGAAAGCAGGAAUAAAGACAGUGCUGAUCUGCGUGCUCCAGCUACAACGCCAGUUCCAACACCUCGCACUCGCAGCAUUGACAAUCUUCUGGAUGAGCCCUUGAUGAAUGACAUUCCAGCUCCUCUUCCACGUCCCAGACCUGUCUCAAGGAGAGACUGUCCUUUGUCUGGAGAGCUUGAUGGUGGUAUGUCACUUACAUCUCCAGCAGGUGGGCUUGCAGUUCCACCCAUCCCCACCAGACCUGCUGCUGUCAAAGCAGAAGGGGCAGGACAGAAAAGUGCUUCCCCUAAUACACCUUCCAGCCAGCCAGGUGUUUCUCCUUUGGUGCCAAAGCACCCUAUCCCUGUCUUCUCCCAGUCCCAAAUUAAUCCACUGGAUACGCCCAUCUCCCUAGUACAUGAUAUUUCAGACCCUGACCCCUUUGACACUCGCCACAUUGCCGACCCCUUCUGCACAAGACCUGCAGCUCAUCUGCAGUUUAGUGAAUCUCCUAUGAAUGGGGAACCAGCUGGCAAGGUGCUAAGCUCAGGUGUUGCAGGUAGCCAUGGUCCUAGUCUAUUUGAAAACAUCUCUUCCCAUUCUAAUAUUUCUAUGGACCCCUUUGAGAUAAGAUCUUCAAUACCUCAGACCUCUACAGACCCCUUUGAUACAAGAUCAGUAUUAUGUCAUGUCCCUUCAGAUCCCUUUGACACUAGCUGUAUUACCUCCCACAUACCCACUGAUCUCUUUGAUGCUAGCUCCACUGGACGCCAGAUUUCAGCAGAUCCGUUUGAUACCAGUGCGUUUCACAUAGCAAUCAUGUCUACACAUUCUGAUACUCAGGAGCCCACACGGUCCAGUAGUCUGUCUGAUGAGCAAGAUGGUGAGGGAAGUGUGACCUGCCCAGACACCAGCCCUCCAGCUUCACCUUCCUUCACCUGCCCAAACCUUCCACCACCCCAGUUACCUGCUAUAUCUGCUGGUCCACCCCCUCCACCACCAAGGCGUGACCUGACAUCUUCAACAGGAAUUUCAUUACCUCCUCCCGUCCCCACACGGCGUGCUCCAGGGAACGUUCCCCACCCUAAUCCUGAUGUACCACCUGUGCCAAGCCGCCCAGGGCCUCCUCCUGUUCCACGCCGCUAAUAGCUUGUUUGUGCUUGUAUGUCCUUGAUAAUAAUCCAUGACACAUCAGACAGCUUAUCAGCAUCUGAUGCAAACAUUUGAAAUACUGAUUUAAUAAGCAGGAUAAGGAGACUGAACAUGUCAAAAGCGGAUUUGUUGCAGAGAAGGGAAGCACACAACAUUCUUGAAGGUGCACUUCUUGGGACACCAAAAGGGUAUUUCACAGUUUUUGUUAAGAGCAGAAGUAAGUAUUAAAGUAAAAUGUGACAUGGAUGUGAGCACUCAGAGCAAGGGAUCAGAGAUAUGCUCUGGUUACUUUUGUCACCUUAAAGUUGAUGGUUAUUGUUUUCUUGUUUAUGUUUUAGACAUAGCAUGGACAUAUGUGUUUUAUUUUUAUUUGUUACUCUCUGUCUGACUGCAAUGUACAUGCAAUAGGUGAUGAUGUGACAUUGGGUAUGUCGUUUAUGUUAAAAAUUGCUAACAGUUGGUUAUUUAGAUCAUAGUUGUUUUAUUUAUACAGAUGAUAUUUGUGCUUUUAAACCUGAGAACUUCUGCACUGGUUAAACAAAGACAUAAGUCUUGUGGUGAUAUAAUCUGUGUGAUAUGUAUAGAUCUGGUUUAUUAACCCUAAUUUUGUCUUCUAGUUAAAAAUCUAUGUCAAUAUUUCUGAGAACAAGUAAUAGUAUGUAUAAUACCUGUGUUCUCAUACAACCGAUUUAUGUGUUAGUCUCAAUAUUUUUUAAAUUUGUGGUUCUCUGUAAAUAUAAAAUUCCCAAGAGAUGAGGCAGGACCAUUUGUAGUGUAACUGCUAGUGCCCUGUUAACAGUUGUGUUCACAACCUACUUUAUCUACAACAGGUGUGUAUUUAGGUGAUGCAGGUCUGAAAAGUACUUUUUGUACAGAGAUGCAUCAUUGGCUGUCUUCUUGCAGCAAACCAACCUGCAGGCCAGGUGUUUGUCCACUUAAAGGAUUUUAAUCAGCAUAACCAUUUUUCACCUAAAAUCUUUACCAAGGGAACAUAUAUUUUCCAUCGCAAUUCUUAGAUUUUCUCCCCCUUUUUGUCCUGCUUUUGUAGCUUGAGUGACAAUUAAGUCUCAUCUGUUGUCCAGUGACAGACUAGAACACCAUGGUUUUGCAGCUGCUGCAGCUGCAGAGAGCUCAAGAAGUGAUUUGUGCUCAUGGGAUACUGAGACUAGAAGAGAAUGUAAAUGUUGGGGCAGCCAUCUUUGAUCAAUUGCUUGAGGCCGAUGAAUAAACAGUUUCUAGGGGUGAAGAGACAGAAUCAACAAGCUAGUUUUGAAGUUAGCCUCAUGCUUAGUUUUAAAAAUGGAACUUUUUUUUAAAGUGGAAAUCUAUUUUAUUGGUCUUCAGAAGUUUUGAAUAAGCAUGCCAGCUUCAUUGUGAACGUGUCACUUUUUAGGGGAGAUGAUAACAUUUGUAGGCACCUCAAAGAAUCUUUUGAUGUGGUGUAAGGCAGUUAUUGAUAGUUUUUGAGCUGGGGAACCUGUAUGAUCCAGCCAUAAUAUAAAAUCUUUUAAUAUUUAAUACCCAGUAAAAUAUUUACCCUGCCAAGUGUUUCCUUAAACAAUUUUUGACAACAUUCAGGUUAUGGGUCAAAGCUUAUGAUUUUGAUACAAAAAUAAAGAUAACAUUUUUGUUUUCACUUUUUCAAGGAAAAUGUGCCCCUCAUGUGUGUGCAUAAUUCGAAGGCCGUUUAUAUUUUACAAUUCUAAAUCAUUGGUCAUAAAGUUUUGCUACCACAGAUUUCCUGUUAAUUAUCCAGCAGACAUGAAAAAUAGUGUUACUCUUAUGGUGUAUCCACCAAAGGCUUUUUGUGUAUCAGUGCUAGCAAAGGCUUUUUGUGUAUUAGAGUUCUAAGUAACUGAUCAUAAAGCUUUGCUGCCACAUAGAUGGCUUUAGGUGGAUCUUAGAGAUGAACAAACUGUCAUAGACAGACAGGGUGAUGGGUGGGUUCACAGUUUGCUCAUAGUUCUCCUGCUGACAACCUUAGUCUCAGACAUUCAACUUACAGAUAUUUGCUUUCUGUUUUCAUGCACUAAAAAGCAAGUCUAAUACAAAGCAAAAUAUAAACAAAGUUAAUAUUGAUAAAAAAAAUCUGAUUUGCAGGGCAGAAAAUGGUUGCUCCAAAAGCUUUUAGAGAUAAGUGGAACUUCUGUAUUUAUUGUCAAGCUAGAAACCGAGGAUCAGGGGUGGAUGUGGUGCUUCUAGAUUAUUCCAGUAUGUAUUCUAGUUUUCGAAUUCGCAUUCUUGUCUUGCCAUGUCAGGGAAUUCCAGUUGCUGCAUUUCAAGAAAAAGAUGUAUUCAUUUCCUUUGUGCAUAUAAUUAACAUUGAAUUUGGAGUUUGAAUCAGAACAAAUUUUCACUAGAUUUUGUGGUUAAUUGAUGUGUAUUUGUGUAAUGUGUCAGGCUUGUUGGUGUAUAAAUUCAGCUGCAAUUGAUAUUAAAAUCCAGUAUACUUAGUAUGAGUUAUAAAGUGUGUAAACAUAUGACACACCCACAUGUUAUGUAUUGGAAAGGCAUUGUAAAUUUCUAAAGUUUGUGAUUUUUAAUGUGACAUAGAGAUGGGCAUAACAGCUACACUGGUUUUAGCUCUGUACAACUCUCCCUCCAACCAAAAAUAACCCAUAAAAAUUGAGUGGCAUUUAUAUCCAGGAUAGUGAUUUUAAAGUUAUAUUUUAACUAAAAUAUUGGCAUCUUAAUAUUUACUUUUUUAAUGUGUUCUUGCUCUGGUUCUUUUAAUGAUGUUGGUUUUGUCCAAUAAUAAUUAAAUUCUAAUUUGGUUGUAGGCCACGAUCUGCCUUUUAUAAAGGGACUUUGGUUUAUGAUGUAAUGUGUAAUCAUUGAUCAAAGUGUAAAUGCAAGAAGUAGUGGCCAUGUUCAUAACCUGAAAACACUGCAAAUAAGGCCUGGGCACAAGCUGCCACUAAAAUAUGCACCAGCCAACUGGAUGAAACAUAAUUGUGUACAGGAUAAGAAUAUAAUAACAAUAAUGAUGAGAAGUGAUGAUGAGUUGCAAUAGAUAGAUGUAUUUGUAAAAAUUGUUCAGUGCAGCUCAUAUCAAUGUUGCUAAUAAACUGUUUAAAAAUUAUAACUAAAUUAUAAUAUCAAUCAUCAUACUCAUCUAACAGUGUAGAAUAACUCCUUAAACUGGUUUUGUAGCAUUGAUCAAUACAUACUACAGUUGGAUUUCAAACUACUAGACCAUCUUGUCACACAGGACAUAGGAUAGCACACAAAAACACAGGCACAAACAAGAAAAGAAAGAGUAAUAGGUUAUAAGUUUGAUAAGGUUUCUAUCAUUCUUAAAAUUGUGUAAAAGUUUGUAGGCUCAUGUUGGUGCGUGCCUGGUUUUGUGCAUGCCCAAAUGGAACAGUUAUAUCUUGGUAUUAUUGGUUGGUGCUUGUAAAACUAUAAUUAGAUCUGCAGAAUGUGUUUCCUUGUAUGGAGUCAAGUUUACCUAUGGAUGUACAUAUAAGGUAAUGUUUAACUGCAAUAAUGAAGAUUUGCACUUUUCAUUAGAACCAGCAUUCAAUUCCUUGAGAGUUCAUAUCCAUGCUAUGUUAAAUCCUUUAUAUAGUUAUAUUGUUGUACAUUCCUUAAUAAGUGUUUAAGUGAAAAGAACCUUGUCGGGGGACUCUUGAAGAAACAGAAGAGUAACAAAACAAAGAAACCUCAGAAGCUAAUGAUAUGUGCAAGAGGUCUGUUUCUAUAGGACUCCAUAUGGGCAUAGUGUGACAUACACAGAGGAUGUCACUUAAAUUUUAAUGGCAGCAAACUGACACAUUCUCUAAAAUCAGAAUGACCAGAGCUGUUUUCUGGAGGUCCAUAGACUGUACUUUUCAAGUGUUUUGGAGGCUGUGAUUGUUUCACUGUGCUGUUAGCAUGUAUAAACUGUUUUGCAUUAACUGUGAUUAAGUUUAUUUUGAAUUUGAAACUGAUCCAAGUGGCACAUUAAGUUCUGGACUAUAACAAAAUAUUCAUCAAAUGCAUUUGUUCGCAUUAUCAGACUGAGGCUUCCCAAAGGGAGAUAAAAUUUAUUGUGGGAUCCAGUUUUUUGUGUUAAAUCUCUGCAGACUGGAAUUAAUCAUAAAUGUUUGCUAAAAAUGUUAAAAGUUUCUCAUUGUUUCAUGACAAGAAUUCUGGCAGGACAAUUUUUGUUUUUUCACAUUUGCCAGUUUCUUCUUUCCUCUGUAGCACUAGUAACAGUUACAUAUAAGAGCACCAUAAAAAAUAUUUACAUUAAUGAUCAAGUCAGUGUGGCUGCGAAAGACACUUGCAUGAUCAGGCGAAAAAGUAUGCAAAGGUCAGAUGGCAUUUUGGUCUUGAUUUGGAAUUUGUUUUCACAUUACUUUUAAUACUUUAUUAUUCAGAAUAAUGUUCUCAAAUAUUUGGUCUCAGAAUAGUGUUGCGGUCCGGUGGCGCAACGGUUAGCGCCUGUCACCAAUACAGUGAAGGUUGGCUGCCCAGAGUUCAUUUCUCGUCUCGGGCACGCUGUUCUUUCUCUGCAUGUGGCAUCUGUUUACAGGGCUGGCUGCCUUGCCGUAAUAUAGCCUCAGUUGCUGACACGGCGUAAAAUACCAAUUCCCCCCCCCCCACCUCAGAAUAGUGUUGUUAUCCUGCAUCUAGAUUUUCAGAUGAAUCCUGAGAAUAUGGAAACUUAUAUAUUAUCUGACAUUCAUAAGAACACAGGUAGGACUCUGUCGCUUACCAAAGAAUAAACUGCUAGACAGGAUCCCUUACUUCAGGAUAGAAACUUAAAUAAGCAAGAUAGCACAGAACCUUUGAAGAAUAGCUGACUGUAAGUGUAUGAUGAAGAGUGUUUUUAAAUUGCCUUGACCUGACAUCUGCUUGCCUUGAGUUUGACAGAAAAGAAUGUCUAUCUUCUUCAGAUAGCUUUAUGUCAACCUUUAAAUGGUCCUGCACAUUGCUCUCGCCAUGAGAUAGCCUCAGUUGCUGGCAUGGUGUAAAACUCGAGCUUGACUUUGACAGCCUUCUGCUUGCAAAGGGUUUCUUGCUUAUUAAGUUUACAAUAUGUAUUGACAAUAUAUAGGGUCUGCAUCCUCAUUACUGUGCAGCAAGGUGAACAUGCAUCUUUGGAGGUAGGUGAUUGUGACUUCGAAGUAUGUCAUGAGAUGAAGGGGGCAUCCUUUGCUCACUCCCACAUAGUGUUACACAUCAUGGGUGGGUGCAGUGUUCUAAUAUUUCAUGAGUUGUUUCUAACUUGAUGACAUUUUUAACAUUUUUCUUUCACUCUUUAUAAGCUUGCUAGCAUUUUUUAAGCUUAUCUGGACUGACUUUUACUGUUGGGUAAUAUCCUUCUCAGCUGCUAGCUAGAUCUGUACUUUAGUGAGAAACUAGCUGCACAGCUACACCUUGCACUAGUCAGAAUAAAUGUUGUCAAUAGCU